CAAGCAACGCACGAGAUUACCACACCUCCCAGGUCAAGGCAGCCAUCAAAGGACCUGUCACGUCACGGGAGCCUGCGCGAUUGAAAUGUGCUGUCAAAGUCGUCGUCAGCCCUCGUCGAGGCGGCCCAACGUCGCUGAGAAGUUGAAUUUCUAUUUGUUCUCUGCCGCUCUUCACAAACCUGGAGGCCAACCCCUUUGGCUGUGGCCUCUUUGGGCCGGUUAAACACUGACUGACAGACUAAACAACUGGUCUACCUACAUCGAAAGCCAUGACUCGCCUCGCACACGUUCAACGGGCCACCGCCGCUGUCCUGGCGCUUCUCGCGGCCGCUCACAACAUCUCCGCCACGCCCGCCGGCCCCUCUCCGGCGCAGAAGCCUCUCACCGCAGCAGCAGCAGCAGCCGCCGCCGCCGCCGCCGGGUUUGUCAGCCUCGGGGACUCGUACAGCGCCGGGAUCGGGACGGGCGUCGACGGCGCCGAGGGGGACUGCCGGCUGGGGCUGCACGGCUACCCGGCGCUGAUACACGCGGACCUCGCGUCCCGACACUCCCCGGCCGCCGUCGCGUUCCAGUGGCGCAGCUGCACGGGCGCGACGGCCGACGGGCUCCUGCACGCGGGCGGGCAGAUCGCGUCGCUGGACGGGGCGCUCCCCGCCGACUUCGCGACGCUGUCCGUGGGCGGCAACGACCUCGGCUUCUUCGAUGUCAUCAACGCGUGCGUCUUCCGCUUCUACUCGUACUACUCGGGCACGUGCGAGGCGGCCCUGGGGCGCGCCGCCGAGCUGGUGGCCGGGGACGCCUUUGAGCUGCGCCUACAGGUGGCGCUGCUGGAGCUGCUCGACGGCGUGGCGUGGGAGCGCCGCCCGCGCUUCGCCGUCGCCGUCACGGGCUACGCGCGCUUCUUCGACGCGACCACGGCGGAAUGCGACGGCUUGUCGUUGGGGGUUUGGUGGGGAGGGCCCAGGCUGUCGCGGGCCUUGCGGGCGCGGAUGAACGAGCUCGUGCUGGCGGCCAACGCAAAGCUGCGGGCCGUCGUGGCGCGCGUCAAUGGCCGCUUCGCCGGCGCCGCGCGGCCCAAGGCGCUGUUUGUUGAUUAUGACGGCGGCUUCGACGGGCACCGCUUCUGCGAGCUAGGGGUCGCCGAGCCCGACUAUGGCCGCAGCGACACGUGGUUCUUCCUCGUCGGCGGCCCGGACAACGGCGGGAACUCGACGGGCGAUGCCGACGAUGGGGCCCCGCCUGAAGGUGCCCUGCUCGUCGACCCGGAUAGCUGUCUCGGGCCGGCGAGGGAGUCUGGCGACUGGGGCCUGCUCGCGACGUGCUAUAUGGCCAUGGCCAAGAAGAGGGAUCCCACGCUGCGGCCGGCACAUGUCUUGAUAACGCCCACGCUCCAGGAGGGGAACUCUGGGUGGUAUGUGCCGACCUCGUACGCCAAGGUCUUUCACCCACGGUCGCUUGGUCAUGAGCACAUCCGUGACAGCAUAUACCGCGAGUGGAAGAGGGUCUUUGGGGAAGAUUUGAUUUCAGGGGUAGAAGCCGGAUCGAGCGUUAUACAGCUCCGAGUCUCCUAGGGCCGCUUGUCGGCGCCCGAGUUGUCGGCAGACGGCAGCGUUGCCCAGAUAGGUUGGUGGCCCGGCUCCGAAGUCUCGCUGCCCGGUGCCUCGCUAUCGCUUGGGGCCGAUUUGGAAGGCUCCUUGACGUACCAGCGGAAAAAGUAGACGAGGAUCUGGGCGAUGAAGACCUGCUCUAUGGUGUAGAGGAGGACCGGGAUCUGGAUGAAGGCACGCAUGAGGUUGUCCGAGUGAGACCACAUGGCACUCACCAGGGGGAUACCGAGGCUGGUGGUCUUGGCCGCCCCGCAGAAGCAAACGGCGACAGUGCGCUCUUUGGACAUGCGCUGCGGCACCAGCACCGCCUUGAGGCCGGGAGGAAGGCGGCGCAGGGGUUUGGUGUCGAGGAGGGCCUCGACGCCCCUGAUCAACAGACGUGGGGGGCGGGCCAUGUAGAAGCAAACGACGGUAAAUAAUAGGUAUAGUGCAAUGUUCAUAAAGA